CCCUGUGGCACCGCGACCACUCCGGCGAGCACGUCAGCACGGCGCAACUCCGCCGUCCCCGUCGAAGGCGCACAGCCUCCCUCGCCGCCGCCGGCGGCGGCAGGGGACCUCCCGCCUCCUCCCCAAGAGACCCAAGCUAAAAUGGAAAAGAGAAAGAGGAUAGCCUCAAAAGAAGACCUGCAUGGACAAAUGAUGAAGAGGAAGAAAUGGAGACUUCAGUUGAGCAACCUACCCGAGGAUAUUCUCUGCACUAUCGUGUCAAAAUUACCGUUAAGAGAAGCUGCUAGAACGAGCAUAUUAUCUAGCCAAUGGAACCGCACUUGGUGCAGCCACACAAACCUAAACCUUAGUUAUCGAUCAAUAAUGUCAAGGCGCUACAUCGAAAGAGACAUAAGACCUGAAGGCAGGAAGCUAAAUGCUGAAGAGUUUAUCAGGAGGGUGGACGCAAUCUUGCAGCAGCACAACGGUGGAGGCGUUGAGAAAAUCGAAGUUAUAGGACUUUUAGAAAAUGAAAAUGCGUAUCACAUCAAUGGAUGGGUGAACUUCGCCAUCAAAUCGAAGACAAAGCAACUUGUUCUUGAUUUCAGAUCUUUCCACUGGCCCAUAGAUGAGCCAUAUAACUUUGCAUUUCAGAUUUUUGAUGCUGCUAACAUGGAAAAUUUGCAGUCUUUGAAACUUGGUUCCAUUUCUCUGAAGCCACCUGCAGAUUUUAAGGGUUUUCAGAACCUUAAAAGGCUUAAGCUACUAGAUGUGGGCAUUACUGAUGAAGAUCUACAACUUUUGUUGUCCAAUUGCAACUGUUUGGAGUUUCUUGGAAUAUAUUGCUGUAAAUUGAUUACAAGCUUACGGACUACUCAUCUUUCAACCCAGCUUAAGCAUUUGUAUGUCUAUGAAUGCCCAUGUCUCAAAGAGAUAGAGUUAAACUCUGGCCUGACAACACUCGAGUACAUUGGUCCAUUGAUACCUUUAGCACCUCCUGGAAUUUAUGUGCUUACAAAUUUACGCAUAAAGUCAUUGGACAUUUCUGAUUCUCUUCAGUAUAUUUUCACCGAACUUCCCAGCACUCUUCCACGUCUCGAGAUGCUGACUUUGCAAUGUCGUGAACUUGAGAGGAUUACUUUGCCAGACAAACCAAUCAAAUUUAUUUAUCUAAAACAUCUGAGAUUGGAAUUGGCAUUUUCUGGCCCAAGGAAAUGGGAUGCUGACAUUCUAGAUUUUGCCUGCAUCUUGGAGGCUGCUCCCUUGAUGGAAAAGCUUGAAUUUCAUAUGUGGAUGAAUUGUCGUGAUCACCUCCGGUAUCGCAAAGCUCAUGGUAAACUAAGAACUCUUCCUCCAUGCCCCCACUACCAUCUCAAGGAGGUCAAUAUCGCAGGAUUUUACGGUCAGAAAGACCAGCUGGAGUUGGCACAUCAUAUUCUCAGGAACUCUGUCGUGCUCCAAGCCAUGAACAUAGAUCCGAGGCCUAUAGCAGCCUGUGAUCCUUCGAGAAUGGCAAUUCUUGAGGCGUUCAACUUUGUGGAUGGAUCUAAAGUUGCCAUGAAAUAUCUCUGCAAGGCAGACCACCGUAACGUCGUUCAUGUUUCAGAUGUGUCACGUAAGGAUGUCGAAAAUGUACCAGCUUACCGGCUGGUAUCUCCAUUUUGGAUUGAGUUUGAUAAGACCAAACGUUCCGGCUUGUUAAUUAGGUGAUCUUGACAUCUGGGAUUAAAGCUCCAUUGAGGCGAAAUGGUUCGUUUUGAGUUUGUUUCACUUUGACGUUGAAAUGGACCUUGAAGGAAGCUUGCGGUGGAAGAAUACACAUAAUUUCCAGUUUAUUGAGAUUUUUUCAUGUGUAAAUUAAUUGUGUAGAAAAAAUUGCGGUUUAUCAUUGGAGGAGUAACUAUCUUUG